GGUUCCUGGCCGCCCCGCCAUGAGCCAGCCGGUCACCACCGCCACCUACGUCCGCAGCCUGCGCUACGGGCUGCUGAGGCAGCUGGCCGACCUCCUCGACCCGCAGGAGGGAUGGAAGCGGCUGGCCGCGGCCAUCACCGACCCGGCAGGCGAGAGCAGAUACAGCCAGGCGCACAUCAGGAGAUUUGAAGCAUUUGUGCAAAUGGGAAAGAGUCCCACAUGUGAGUUGCUUUAUGAUUGGGGAACAACAAAUUGUACAGUCGGUGACCUUGUGGAUCUGCUGAUUAGGAACCAGUUUCUAGCACCAGCAAGUCUUUUGCUUCCAGAAGCUGUCGGGAUGGCACAAGAAGUUACAUUACCUCUUUCUUCACAGGAAACUUUGCCUAUACAUGAAAAACAACAGCCUAUACAGGAAAAAGAAGUGACAUCUGUAAAGCCUGUGUUGUCUCAGAAUACAGAGGAGCAACCUUCAGCCCCUCCAUGUUUAAGUCAAGAGAACAGCAGCGCACAGCCUAGUAACACAGAUUUCCACAAUUUUUGGUUUCACGACUUGGAAAAUGUUACAAAUAAUUUUGAUGAACGACCAGAAUCGGCUGGAGGAAAUAAGCUGGGGGAAGGUGGCUUUGGCGUUGUGUUCAAAGGCUACAUCAACGGCAGAAAUGUGGCUGUCAAGAAACUUGCUGCUGUGGUUGAUGUUAGUGCACAGGAUUUGAAACAGCAAUUUGAUCAAGAAAUAGAAGUGAUGGCAAAGUGUAAACAUGAAAACCUAGUAGAAUUGCUUGGUUUCUCAAGUGAUGGUGCUCAGCCCUGUUUGGUGUAUGAAUACAUGCCCAAUGGUUCGCUGCUUGAUAGACUUGCUUGUCUGGAUGGCACUCCACCCAUUUCUUGGAAAACAAGGUGUGAAAUUGCUCAAGGUACAGCAAAUGGCAUCACCUUUUUGCAUGACAAUAAUCAUAUUCACAGAGACAUUAAAAGUGCAAAUAUCUUAUUAACUGAUACCUAUGUGCCUAAAAUUUCCGACUUUGGACUUGCAAGAGCAUCAGUAACAUUCACACGAACCAUCAUGACAGACAGAGUUGUGGGAACAGCAGCCUAUAUGGCACCUGAAGCUCUGCGAGGAGAAAUAACGCCUAAGUCUGAUAUCUUCAGCUUUGGGGUAGUCUUACUAGAAAUAAUAACAGGUCUGCCACCAGUAGAUGAAAACCGGGAGCCACAGUUGCUGUUAAGUAUCAAGGAUGAAAUUGAGGAUGAGGAGGCGACUAUUGAGGAUUAUGUUGAUGUAAAGAUGAGAGACUGGGAUGCAACUUCAGUUCAUAAAAUGUAUUCACUUGCUGAUCGGUGCCUGAAUGAGAAAAAAAACCGGAGGCCAGACAUGAAGAUGGUCCAGCAGUAUUUACAAGAGAUAAAAACAUGAUGUGCUUUCCUAAUAUACCUGUUUUCUAAACAGAGCACAGACCAGCCAGCAGCAAGUAGAGAACUAUAUUAGCACUUACUGUGACAUUAUCAGCCUUUCUGCUUUCCAGAAUUUUCUGGUCCACAUGUAAGGCGUGCAGGUGGCUUGCCAUCAUAAUGCUUUUUUAUUAUUGUUAUUUUAUUGUUAACUGGGCACCUUUUCAUGCAUCUGUAGCCCUGGGACCUUCAACAUGAGAAAGCUUUUUUCCUUCUUUUUAUGUGUAUAAACAAACUGCAGUUCCAAUACAGCCUCUACAUAGGUUUGUAAGCACGUUUCUGUAUUGCCAUCUCUCUGACUUUUCCUUGCCGAGUAUCUUCAGCACAGCAACGUGAUAGUAACAAGGUGGAUGUCUUUCUGCACUUUUUUUCUUGAGGAGACCUACUAGACUACAGAAUCACAGCAUUAUCAAGGUUGGAAUAGACCUAGAAGAUCAUCUAGUCCAACCAUCACCAAUACUUCCCAGCUAAAUCAUAUCCCUCAACACAACAUCCAGAUGUUUCUUGAACACUCCCAUGGUCAGUGACUCCACCACCUCCCUGGGCAGUGCAUUCCAAUGCCUGACUACCCUUUCUGAGAUGUAAUACUUCCUAAUGUCCAGCCUGAAUCUCCCCUGCUGCAGCUUGGAACUAUUGCCUCUAGUUCUGUCACUGAUUACACGAGAGAAGAGGCCAACCCCCAGCUCACUACAACCUCCCUUCAGGAAGUUAUAGAGAGCUAUAAGGUCUCCCCUGAGCUUCCUCUUCUCCAGGCUGGACAAUCCUAGCUCCCUCAGCCUCUCCUCGUAAGGCCUGUGCUCCAGACCCCUCACCAGCUUUGUAGAAUAGAUACAAAAACAAUCAGUAAACAUAAAU